AUGUCGAAACUGACAUUCGCCUUGAUCGGGGCAGGCGGUGCUGCUGCCGGUGCUGCAGUAACAGCAGCGCUGUACUCUACCAGGAGAGACAACUUUCCACACACGCCAGCUGUCACGACAACCGCCACUACAACUGUGACUGGAUCCACACGAGCAGGCCCAAUUCCCUCAGCCCCAACGGGCCUCGCAAUUCAUGCCCCUGCCAUUGCUGGCAGAGCGGUUGUAGAUCCCAACGGUCUCUUCCAAUAUGGCUUUCCCGGUCCGGUCAAUGAUCUCCGCCCUGCCGCCUCUCUCACAUCGUCAUACGACCGACGGACGCGAAACCCAGCAUGGGUAGCGGAGCACAUAACCCCAGAGUCGCUAGCAAACAACAAUGCGGAUCGAAAGCAUAGUGUCUUCGUCGAGGAUGUCUCAAUCCCUGAGAUGUUCCGCGCAAAGCUCAAGGACUACCUCCGCAGCGGCUAUGACCGAGGCCACCAAGUCCCCGCAGCAGACGCAAAAUGGAGCCAAGAAGCCAUGGACGACACCUUUGCGCUGAGCAACAUGUGCCCGCAGGUGGGCAAUGGCUUCAACCGCGAUUACUGGGCCCACUUCGAAGACUUCUGCCGCAGACUUACACAGAAUUAUCCCUCUGUACGCAUCGUAACCGGCCCCUUGUACCUUCCCAAGCGCGACGAGGAUGGCAAAUGGCGUGUCUCAUACGAAGUCAUUGGCUCACCGCCCAACGUUGCCGUCCCUACGCAUUUCUACAAAGUCAUUUUUGCCGAGGACGGCAAACUAGGCGGCAAAGUCGCACUGGGAGCAUUUGUGCUGCCCAAUGCAGUCAUCUCCAACAGCAAGCCCUUGUCGGACUUUGAAGUGCCCAUUGAGGCGGUGGAGAGAGCAAGUGGCUUGGAGUUUGCAACAAAGCUGAGCCCCGACAGGCGGAAGAAGUUAUGCCAAGAGGUCAACUGUGGUCUCAUCGUUAAGGAAUAUGCACAGAGACAGAAGUCGUUUGGCAAGCAAUAA